UAGAACUCGUUUUCGGGAGCUCAUUUUAAGGGAAAACGAGAGUACAAAUGAAUUUAAUAGAUAGAAAAAAAUGGGUCUGAAAUUUUUGUGUGUAUGAGGGGGAUACAGACCCUGUAUGUGUGUGUGGAUAUCGCUAUAACAGCAGUUUUUUUUGAAGGGUCGGCGGCGCAGUGCGGUCGCGUGCGUGGUGAUUGGAAAAAGCAUUUCGGCGAGAAGGCAGACAGGAUUAUUUGGCGUUGAGGUCGUCGAUGGCGAGAUGGGCAAGUCAGCGGGGCUUGAGAAGCUUGUUCAGAGGUCACAAAAAUUGAAUCAGAUAGUGGAUAAUCCUAGUGUAUCUCAUAUAUUACGGAACACGCGCCAGCUUCACGAUGACUCCGUUCUUUUGGCGAGGAGGCACUCGAUUGACGAGCAGACCAAGAACAAGGCCCAAUAUCUGCUCAUGAAGAGAGGAUAUGAUUUGGAGAGGUCGCAGAGGGAUUUGAACGCAAUCGACAUUAGGUCGACGCUUGAGUCGGUGGAAACGUGUUAUGAGACGGACUUGGAGGGCUAUUUGCAACACGAGCACGAGGCGCUUUUGUUGACGGCGAUCGAGGAGGCGAAGAAGGAGACGGUUGAAUAUUUUUCCACGAAUUUUAGCGCGUACAUGAACGGGGAGUGGGAGGAGACCAAGAAGGAGUUGAUUGAGUUUUUCAACCAGAAGGAGAGCAUUUUGAGGGACGCGAAGCCGAGCAAGUUUGCCCCGGAUAGCGAGGCUCAGCUGUCUUCGUUAGCGAGUGGGUAUGCAACUGAAGACCGCGGAUAUGGUCAUUUCACGAGGAAGAUGUACGAAUAUUCUCGCGUGGUGUACCAGCUGAAUGAGAGUCGUUUACAGAAGAGGCAGUUUGACUUGGUGUCUCAGUUCUACAACACUGCGCUGUCUGUGGACGAGGGGAACAAAUACCAGCUGAAGGACUUGUUGAAUUGUUGGAGGCUGAUUCAGAAAAUUUUGCACGAGGAGGAUCCUGCGACCAGAGAGCUCAUGACGGACUUGGGGGCCAAGCCUGAAGACGUCUCUGACUUGCAUCGGCGUUGGCUGAAUGGAGCGCGCGAGUUUUUGGAAGAGCAGCAUUGGAAUUGGGUUCAGUCGUGCGUUAGUCAGAAUUUGCAGAUUGCUCGAAUGGGCACAAAGCCGACGACCGAAGAGUACGUGAAGGCCUUCAUAAACGUCCUGAACAUAGAGUUUCCGGAACACUACGAGAAGACAGGGGAAGGACAGCCUUUAUGGGUGGUGAUUUACUACACGAUUCGAAGCGGGGACCUGUCAAUGGCCUACGAGAUCGCGUCGAGGAACGCAAGUUCUUCUGGCACUUUUUUGCAUUAUUUGAAGAAUUACAUGGACAAUGGGGAUCAGAGAUGCGUCUGCGAAGAUCUCCGAGCGCAGGUUUUGGCCGACUAUCUCAAACUGCUUCGACAGAGCAAGGAUCCAUACAAGCAUGUCGUUUAUAACCUGCUCGGGAGAUGCGAUCCCCACCGGUCUCAUGAAGACCUUUAUCGGUGCAACAUGGAGGACUAUAUGUGGAUCAAGCUGAACAUGGUUUCUUUCGACGUUCAGGAACAUGGCACAAUGAAUUCUGGAAGUCAGCUCACACUGAAGCAGCUUCAGUCGAAACUAAGAGAAUGCGGACCAGAUCGCUUCAAAAAUCCGAUUUUGUAUUUUCAGGUUUUGCUUGCAUCUUUGCAGUUUGAAAGGGCGAUUUGGUACUUGAAAUCUACCGAGCUCUACCCGAUUGAAGCAUUCCAUUUCGCCCUCGCCCUGUACUAUUACAGCGCACUCAGGUGUCCCUCGUCUCCUUUCGUGGCGCCGCUGUUCGGCGAGGAAAAUGGGUUCGUGUACUUCAACUUCGUCCGCAGACUUCACCAAUACAUCGGUCAGUUCGUACACUCGAACAUCCUGAUGGCGCUCCACUAUCUCUGCCUCAUCAAGGGCAAGCACAUCCAAAAUAUAAGCAUCCGAAACUUGGUCAUCGAGACUCGAGAGUUUUCGGCACUUCUCGGGAGCUUUCAGCCCGACGGGAGCUUCAAACCCGGCUACCUGGAGAAGUUCGUCGAGCCAGACCAAUGGCGCGAAAUUGUCCAACUAGCGGCCGCCACCUCGGAAGAGGACGGAAAGUACGAAGACGCUAUCAAGCUGUUCGACCUGGCGCAGUGUCACGAAAAAUCGGUCGAAAUUAUCACCAAACAGCUCGCGUGUGUCAUGAUUGCCCAGAGCUCAGAGCGCGAUUCCCUAAUCGCGUUGGCCAACUCUCUGGCAAAGAAGUAUCAGGACGAGCACGCCACAGGGCAGAUAGAGCCUCGCAGACGCCACGCUUGGGACGCCGCCUUGCAUUCUUUCCUACUUUUGUUAGGGCUCUGUAAAUUUUUCGAUCUUUACAAAAAUGGGAACUACACUCAGGCGCUCGAAUCUAUGCAUCACCUGGGUUUGGUCGCCCAGAAUCACCACGAGUUGGAAGCAAAGUUGGAGGCAUUCAACAGGCUCGGCGACAAUGUGAAAAGAAACUUCGCCGAAAUCCUGCUAGCGAACAUGGAUUGCAUCUAUAGAACCUUCAUGCAAGUCAAAAGAGAAGGGCUCAACCCAGAAAGAGAGGCCUUCUUGCACUCUCUGAAGCUCGAGGCAAAAACACUCAUCACUUUCUCGGGCAUGAUUAGGUUCCGUAUACCAGGUGAUGUCAGCUCUAGAUUCAUUCGCAUGGAGGCAGAAAUGACCUGACCCGCAUGUGCAACGACGACACAGCUUUCCGGACCACCUGAGAAUGGAGGUGCACUUAUCGCUUGACAGCUCGGCGUUUGUAGUACUUUUUUUUUUUUUUUAGUUUUUUAUAAGUUAGUAGAGUAUCAGUCUCAUUGUA